UUAUUGACGCUAGUGGUAAAACAAUUGAUGGUGCAAUUAGCGGUUCAAUGUCGUCCUUCGGAGCCUAUGACGAGUGUAUAAAUACAAUAGUACCAAGCAAGAGAUCUGGAGAUAAAGGAAACAUUUUGUUUAGAGGACAAUAUUGCACAAUAGAUUUCAGACCUCCACUUCCACCGAUGAAGAACUUCUACAAGCUAGACGAAGUUUUGGAUGAUUUCAAGAACUUCUCCAAAGGAGACACUGUUUUAAGCGAAGCAGCAAAAAUCUCACAUUUCUUUUAUUUCUUGACCUUGAGAAUAGGAAUAUGUGUUCCUUCUGGGUGCAGCCUGGAAGAUAUUAACCAACUAGCGAGCAAACUUUUUUCAUCUUUCUACCUUGAUGCUCAUGCAUCAAGAUGUGAAAUAAAGCAAGAAGAGGAAUACCCACCGAAAAUAAUUUUCGUUAUGUUUGUCUAUUGCUUGGCCGGUUUUUUCAUGUUAAUUGGAUCUUUGAUUGAUUUAUAUUGUUACUAUACCAAAGCUUCGUUUAAAG